AUGACAGCUGUAAAAACUCCUGUUGUUCGCUUUAAUGUUAAUCAACAAUGUCCUAUUCAGUAUGUUACUGUCUACGAUGAUCGUGCAGAAGUGACACGAAUUCUACGACAUCAUUUCGAUGUUGAAGGAACAUAUGACCUUGUGCUCGAUGGUUUUUCAAUAUUUGUGAAUGAAACAUCGAUGCAUGUCAGUGGUGGAACGGGAAAAGCAUGCACUAUUCUCGAAGUCUCGCAUCAAAUACGACAUGAAGAUAUCGCUCCGUCAUCGGAUUUGACAUCUCUUGAUAAUCUUCAAAGUCAACUUGAAAACGUGGAAACUGACCUAAAGAUGCAUCAGCGGGAAUUAACACGGCUCACAAAACAACGCGAAUGGCUUGAUGGACGUUCGACCAAAUUAAUGAACCAAGAUGGACCUUGCACAACCAAUGAUAUGGAAAAUAUACGGCAAUUUCUGGAGUUCUAUCACAAUACACUAUUGAAACUCGAUGAUGAUACAGUUCGCGAAGAAGAGGAAAUGAAGAAAUUGAAAUCUCGUCAAGAAGCUUUGAAAACUCAAAUUGAUCACCAUGGUGCUGCAGCCCAAGCGAGUCGAAGAAAGAUAUAUCCAGAAGUGACGAUCACAGUUCAUAUCACCAGUGGUGAACUUGAUGUGGCACUCGAAGUUUCCUAUUUGAUCAGCAACUGUUCUUGGAGUGCCAGUUACGACCUUCGUGUCAGUAGUGCUGAAGCAAAUCAACAGCAAACACAGUUAACGUAUUAUGGAAUUAUUGUAAGUAUUCGAAUUUCCAUUGAAUUUCAAAAAUGUGUCAUGAAUCUUGCUGAUGUUUAG